CAAGGGGUACACUUUCCCUGAUGGUCUCAGGAAGCCAGUCUUCAUCUCAGAAGGAGUUGCCCCCAUUUCUCCACACUUUCCAGGCUUCCCCACCCUGAUGGGUCUCUCUGAGGUCGUGGAGGACAACCUGCAGGUCCGGUGUGCACUCUGACUCUUGUCUCACCACAGCACCUGGAUCUUCUGACUGUUGUUAACUGACUCCUGUUAUGUCUGUCAUUGCUUUUCUUCCUGACCACCUCCUUAGGUAUUGGUAUGAAAAAUUCCAUACUUGGCUUCCUCACAAUAUCUAAUCAACAGUGUCACUCUUAGGUGUGUGACCACCAUGCCAGCCUCCACAUUUUCAAGUCUGUUUUUGUUUUUCUCAUUGUGGUCUAUUAAGAUAGUUUUUCCCCCUUCAUAUCGUUUUAUAGUUCUUAUCAUUUAUAGGCCAAAAUGUAAACACAUUACCUAAUCUGGCUCAUUACCUGUUCAGUGUCCUUCAAUUCUGCUUUUCUCAUGCAAGUUGUCUUUCUAUCUGCUUCUUUGCCUGGGAGGCCUUUUGUACCUCAUUUGGAGCCUUCUUAGUACUUCUUUUCCUGGUGAGGCAGUGUGUGCUUGCCAGGGCACAUGUAUGGAAGUCAGGGGACAGUUUGAUGGAGUCCGCUCUCUUUACCCUGUGAAUCGUGGGGAUUGAGCCCAGGUUACCAGGCUUUGUGGCGUGUGCCUCUGCUGAGACUACCUCACCUUGUAGCCCAGGCUGGCCUGAAGUUGUGGUCCUCCUGCUCCGUCCUCUGACAAGUGAGUGAAUACCUUAUUUCAGCACUUCAUUUCCAGUUCCGUUUCCCAGGAAGGGCCUUUAAGAGGCUUAGAACUGUGAGUCAUGCUUUGAAGAAUGAGCAAGGUUUCAGUGUUAAUAGAGGGAACGGAAUGAGAUGCAAAGGCAGGUUAUGCUCCUUUUAGGGACAGGAGAUGCCCCAGGAAGCUGCAGGUGAAAUACACCACACAACGGGGAGAAUGCCCCUUGAGUAAAGCCCUCGUAGGACAAGCUUGCAGACCUGAGUUCUAGUCCCAGCUGGGAAGGCAGACAGAUGGCUCCCGCAGCUUCCUGGCUCACCAGUCAGGCCAGCUAGUGUGAGCUCCAGCAGAGUCCAUAAGACCCUGUCUCAGAAAAUAAAUGGCUAGCACCUGGUGUUGGACUCUGGCCUCCACACACACCGGAUGUAAACAGCGUGCCUCUCUGAUCACAUAGCUGUGCUCUGAAUCAGUUCUCACUGGCCAUGGCAUUUUUGUGUUUGCCUUACCCUUCCAGCCUUCGUCCUGCGUAAACGAUGAGAAGUCCCGUACCCACUUCCAGGUUCCUCUGUCUUAUGGGGGACACUAGACCAGUGCCUAGCACGUCAUAUAUCGUUGGUACAGAUUUCAUGGAGUCAGCUGGAAGUUGCUGCUAAUUUGUGGCUUUAGUCAUGAUAAAGUUUGUCCUUUAAAGAAGUGUGUAUGUUGCUUUGGAGGAAAACUAGUAGAAGUAGUUUUUGUUUUUCUGAUUCAUGACAAAACAGUAAAAUAUAGAUCACAUAUUUCAUAUUCUAUACUGUGAUCCAAGGUCACCUGGGAGAGGGAGAAAUUUCUGGAGCUUUUUUCAAAUUUUUAAAAUUUUUUUUUAGCUUCUUGCAAAUAAAAGGAACACUGAAAAGCCUUGGGUUUGGUGACCCCCAUCCCAAGUCAUUUAAAGGAACUCUAGUUACAUUAAGAUACGAAUCAUUCACUGAAAUUACGUCUGAUAAAUUGGCUUGUUUCUAGAAGUGGAGGUCAGCUAAAGUAGCAAACCCUUUUCAGACUCCAUGUGAAAGGGUGCUAGUCUUCCAGGUGUGACACCCAUCUAAGAUCCUAGCACUUGAGAGGCUAACACGGGAAUAUCAUGAGUGUGAGUGAAGUCAGCUUGGGCUGUGUAGUGGGUAUGAAACUAUCAAAAUGGGAAGCACUGGUAUUUUUUAAGAGGGUAUAGGAACCAUUUGCUUUAAAUCGAUGGCCAGAAGCCAGACAUAAUCACCCCUUGAAAUCUUAAGGACUUGGUCCUAAGACACUAAAGUGCUCUGGUCCCUCGUAUAGAUGGCAGAGUAUUUGCAUGCAAUCUGAGUUAGAGUCACAGAAGUGGUUCCUUGCCCAGUGCUCACUGCAGCAAAAGACAACAAGGCAGAUAGGCUACUGGCUCUGCUCCAAGGGUCCAACUAGGGCACCUGUGUUACACACCUUAGCAGUUUCAACGUUAAAAUAGUUUCGUUGUGCCAGUGGGUCACAUGAACUUUUGUAGGACGUGGACUUCUAGUGACACAGAGUCUGAGUGCAGAAGAAUAUCUCAUAAAACAACCACGGAGAAGGCAUUUUGACCAUCUGUGGAAGGAUCGCCCGUUCUUGUUGUUAGUCAUCUGUCACAUAACCGUGGUACCCGCUGUAGUACUAUCAGGAAGGAUGAGGGAGACAGACAGCUUGUCACUCCUGCGGUCUAGAAGAUGAUUGCCAGAACCCACUUGGUAGCAGGAGAGGCCAGACGGACCCCUGCAAGUACUCCUCUGACACAGACAUACUAACCUCACCCAGGAAAUGUAAUUAAAACAUUUUUUAAUUAAAAAAAGCUAUGUAGUUGGUGGCUAUUCUGAACAAUAUAGGCCACUGUCAGUUUAGAUACUUGACAACCAAUAUGCCUUCGAUGCUGUAAGAUUCUAAGGGAUAAGAUUUUUUAGUGAGAUCCAAACUUGCAUAAGCUAACUCAUUAUUUGGUUUUCUUCCUGAGCAGAUUGUCACUCAUUAGCUCCUCCAGUUUUGGAAGGUCCGAACCUUUCCUCACACUGGGGAUUAUUUUCUUGUCUUUCUUAAAAAGACUGUUGAAAGUGGGGUAGCUUACUUGGUGGUCAGGGGCCAAAGCAAUGGGGAUAGGGAUUUUACUUGGUAUAUCUCUGGAAUGAAAAUGCUAGAAUGUUCCAUUUCACACAGAUUGCAUUCAAAACUACACAUGUAGGAGACAAGAUGUGGCCAUUGAUGCCAAAUGCUUGCUUUAAUUAAAGCUGUUCCUGCAUGCUGCCAGGGGCUAGUGAAGCCUGGCUAGGGUAAGCUCUUAGAGGAAGGAAAGACAUGAAACCCUGUAAUUAAAUGCAUCCGAACAAACAAUUCUGAAGUCUACACCUGAAGCCAGUGUCCAUUUCUACAAACCCAAACUCACGUGACAUUUCUUGCUUAAUUGCCCUUUAAACUGCUUUAUGGCUUUAUAGCAUCCUAUAAAAGGUGAUUUCCAAAUAUGACAGGCGCUGAGCAGCUGAAGGGGAGAGUUAUCCAGGAGUUGUAAUCUCUAAAUCUGCUAGGAGCUCUUGCCUUCCUGGGAAAGAGGAGCCGCGGCAGCCAUGGGAAGAUACUCGGGCCGAAGCUUCCGAAUGAUCCUCAUGUGUGUGGUCUGCGUCCUUCUCUUUGUGCUGGAGCUAGUGAUUUCACACCUAGGCAACUCUCUCUCCCUGGCUUCUGAUGCCUUUGCCGUCCUCUCCCACCUGCUGUCCAUGAUCAUCGGGCUGUUUGGCUUGCGGGCGAGCCACAUCAGGCAGCACAGGAAGAGCACGUUCGGUUUUCUCCGGGCAGAUGUUGUAGGGGCGUUUGGCAAUUCCGUUUUUGCUGUGGCCCUGAUGUUCAGCAUCCUGAUAGAAGCCAUCAAAAGGUACAUCAGUCCCCAGAAGACAGAGAACCCCCUGCUGGUCCUCAUUGCCGGAGUCAUUGGGCUGUUCUUCAAUGUUCUUAACUAUGUCGUCUUCUUAGAUUGCUGUUACUGCUCAGGGCCCAAGCCCCAGAGAGACACCGAAGCAGGUGAUUCCCUGAACACCCAGAAUGAACCAGAAGAGACGAUGAAAAAAGAGAAAAAAUCUGAAGCCCUGAAUAUCAGAGGUGUUCUUUUGCACGUGAUGGGAGAUGCCUUGGGGUCUGUGGUCGUGGUCAUCACAGCCAUCAUAUUCUAUGUUCGUCCGCUGAGACCUGAAGACCCGUGUAACUGGGAAUGCUACAUUGACCCCAGUUUGACUAUCAUCAUGGUCAUUAUUAUUUUGUCGUCUGCUUUUCCUCUGAUCAAGGAGACUGCUGUCAUCCUGCUGCAGAUGGUCCCCAAGGGACUUAACAUGGAAGAGCUGAUGAGCAAGCUCUCCAGCGUGCCUGGAAUCAGCAGUGUGCACGAAGUGCAUGUCUGGGAACUGAUAAGUGGGAAGAUCAUUGCUACCCUGCACAUCAAGUACCAGAAGGACACCGGGUACCAGGAUGCCAGCAGAAAAAUCCGAGAGAUCUUCCACCAUGCUGGAAUCCACAGUGUGACCAUCCAGUUUGAAGCAGUGGACUUGAAGGAAACCCUGGAGCAGAAGGACUUCUUGCUGAACUGCAGUGCCCCCUGCAUCUACCAGAGCUGCGCUAAGAAACUGUGCUGUCCCCCAGGGACACUGCCACUGGCUCUUGUCAAUGGCUGUGCCGAGCAGAACGGUGGGCCCCCUCGAGAGACUUACCGAAGCAUAAGCGAUGCUCAGGAAGUGACUAUUGAUAUGGUUUUGGAUGGCUCUCCGAGGCAGCAGGGGCAGACUCUUAGAAAGACUCAAGAGGGACAACAUUGGGAAAACAGUACUCAUUUUUAGUGGGUGCCCACACAAAAUCAGACUGUCUGGACAAGCACUUUGGGUCACCAGCUCUGCUUGUAGAAAGAGCUUUGUGGGCGUGUACCCUGUCAGUAGGGGUCGGACGUUUGAGAUGUGAGUGCGGCAAGCCUUCUGGUUUUUAUGUGGUGGCUCACCCCUUUACACCACCCUGCGCGUCUCAUGCUUCCCUGUGACAAUUUUAGUGUGGACGUGAGUUUCCUAAACCAGGCUUCCCUAGCGUAUGUGUCAGGGAAGUCGAAGGCUGGGAUUCAGGACUCAAAGUCAGUCUUGUGGUGUCGGGGCUUGGGCGUGCUAAGGAACUGCUCUGUUACGAGAUGUGCCCGCUAGCCCUUGCUUUUAAACUGAUUAGAACUUCUAGCUGACUCUCAGGUGAGCUCAAAGCUUCAGUGGGUAGGGAAAAAAAAAUGAAAGCACAUGAACUAUGAUUUCCUCUCUUCCCCUCAAAGAUCGAAAGUCGGCGAUUUGUAGCACUGCAGAAGUAUAUAGUCCUAGGUCCAUUCUUGGACCACGAGAAACAGAUACCUAAUAAAUAAAUGCAAAGUGCAUAGUGAUAGGGUGGACAAACAGGAUGCCUCUCAACACAUUAGAGGAGGUAGACUUUGCUGCAGUGGCGGGAAAAGUGGGUUUUGGACCGUCUCUUUGUUCUGUGAGGUGUGAGUGGGCUAAUGUCUACUUUCUGCUGGGAACGAAGCUGUAGCUGCGGCGUGUUGCAGGUGUUUAAUAGUGUAACACAUUCUUUACACUCAGAAGUGAGGGGACAGGCUUCUACUUUCUUACUGACUUACUAUUUCUGAGAGUCUUCUGGUAGGAUACCUGCCGCUUACUGUUCUGUUCUGACAAUGGUUUUAUGAUCACAUUGAUCCAUGUAGGGGGAUGAUGAAUAUUCCGGGGGACAGGAGAAUACUCAUUCCUGCUAAAUAAACAAGCUAGCCUGUCUCUGCUUUAAUUAGGCAUAUUUAAAAGUAUUUAUUAUAGUUGCCAACUAGUAACUGUAUGGAAAAGUUUAUAUCCAACCAAGAAAUGAAAAGUAAUUUGAUUGCUGAUUUUUAAUGUGUUUGGUGGCAUUUAAAGUUUUAUGUCUGUGACCCCAUGUUACCAAGUUCAAAUAAAUUGAUGAUGAUCUUAUUUAGACAUAUAGCUGAACUGUAUUGGUAGGAGAAAGUGCAGAAAUGUCUGUCACGUGUUUUACACCUUGUUUGGGCAUCCUCCUUUAACCAAAGCCUCAUGGGUAUGAGAUGGGGAUGUCUGACAUAGGGAGCCCCUCUGUGUUGGACAAGUUUCAAGGUUGAUGGAAAGUAAUCUUGUCCUAGGCUAUCAGCUUUGAUCCUAUGGAGAAACAACACAGGAUUCAUCAGAAGUGGUGGAUGGUCACAGAAAUGGCACCCACAUUUUCCAGUACAAGCACCAUAUUAAAGAAAAUGUCUUUUUUGGGCUUGGUGACACAUGCCUGCAGCCCCAGCUACUCAGGCGGUUGAGGAAGGAAAAUCACUUGAACCCAGGAGUUCAGGCAAAAUAGUGAGAGUCAGUUUUUUGGUUUUGUUUUCUUAAUUAUUAGUCUUAAAUUUGGAGGCUGUUGGGCAGCUGUGGUCUGGAGUCUAAAAAAUUGUUUACUCCUUAGAAGUUGAUUGGAUUUAAAUCAACCAUCCAUAGGUAAAUAGAAAAAUACUUAAAACCUUUUUAAUGCCCACAAGUUUAUUGCAUUAGAUUAUAUGCACUUUAUAAGCCAAAGAGGAGCAAAGACAAAAUUUCUACUUUGGGCAUCAAACAUGUGACAGAGGGUUGAGUGGGCCCCUUAGGAGCCCAGCGUGGUCAUGCGUGAGCAGAUUCCUCCAUAUAAACACGUUUGAUGCCCUGGCUGAAGCCAAAGGAGAAAUUUGUCCCUAACUUAAUGAAUCUGAAUUCUACAGUUUUCCUGCUACUGGCUAAAGGAAUGUACUUUAGUUUGCAUGUAAAUAACAUUCUUUAAUCUCUGAAGUAUUUUUUUUUCUGGAAAGAAAAUACAUUUAAUUCCAAUACAAUUAAACCUAGCCUCAGAAAAACGAUUUUGAUUGACACUUACACAGCAAAUUAUAGACAGGAGCCAGUGUGAAAUAUGGCUUUUUUGAAGACAGCCGAAGUGUGCUUAAUAACGUGCAAACAAGUAGAGCGGAUGCAGUGUUUUUGUUACAUGGCUGUCUUCUGCACCUCCUCCAGCCCUGGAUGUGUGAUAUUUUUGUUUGGGGUUUCCUGGGCCAUUGAUUGUCUUGUUUUUUUUUUUUUGUUUGUUUGUUUUAAUUCUCUGAGGGCAGUACAUGUUAUUUCCCCUCCCUGAAUCAACAAUCAGCAUGCACCCGGUGAACAAGACAACCUUCUUUCUUUGAGCUUAGGUAAAUAGUGACCCUCAGUCCCUGUUCCUGCAGGCUUAGGUGCAUCCUAGAACCCCAGCCCCAGGCCUCCUGCCUGCCCUUCCUUCCAUCCUGCUCGUCUUCUUGGUUUCCCCACUAAAGUGGUGAAGAUCAAUUGUUGCCAGAACCUUCAAGGUUGUGAGGCAGACGCUCAGCUGUUGAGCUAAAUUCCCAAACUCAAAGACUUUUUUUAUAACACACAUUACACCCUC